GCUGGAGUUGUUGAGGUGAGGAGUUCCGAGGUAGUGCGGCGCUUGGUUGGGGGACUCCCUGAGACCCCUGGUUUCGGGGCACUUCGUCUCCUUCCUCCUGUCUCCGCGCCGGACUCGGUGUUCUCUCUUUAUCCAUACUCAAGUAACACAAAAUGCCAUUCAAUGAUGAGAAGCAAUGUGUGGGCGAGGACCAUCCAAGUGAUUCAGAUUCUUCACGGUUUUCCGAGAGCAUGGCUUCACUCAGUGACUAUGAGUGCUCCAGACAGAGCUUCACAAGUGAUUCCUCCAGCAAAUCCAGCUCUCCUGUUUCAACAAGCCCUCCCAGAGUUGUGACAUUUGAUGAAGUGAUGACUGCAGCAAGGAACUUAUCCAACAUGACUCUUGCUCAUGAGAUUGCUGUAAACGAGAACUUUGAAUUGAAACAAGAUGCUGUCCCUGAGAACAGCUUGGCUGGUCAAGUGAAGCAUAUUGUUCACCAGGCCUUCUGGGAUGUCUUGGAAUCAGAACUAAAUGCUGACCCUCCUGAAUAUGAACAUGCUAUCAAACUGUUUGAAGAAAUCCGAGAGAUUCUUCUCUCUUUUCUUACUCCUGGUGGGAACCGGCUUCGCAACCAAAUCUGUGAAGUUUUGGAUACAGACCUCAUUAGACAACAGGCUGAGCACAGUGCUGUUGACAUCCCAGGCCUGGCCAACUAUGUCAUCAGUACAAUGGGAAAGCUGUGUGCUCCCGUGCGAGAUGAUGAUAUCAGAGAGUUAAAGGCCACUGGUAACAUUGUGGAGAUGCUGAGACAAAUAUUCCAUGUCCUGGACCUCAUGAAAAUAGACAUGGUCAAUUUUACAAUUAAAAGUAUCAGACCACACCUUCAACGCCAGUUGGUAGAAUACGAAAGAACCAAGUUUCAAGAAAUUUUAGAAGAAACUCCAAGUGCUCUUGAUCAAACUACAGAAUGGAUAAAAGAAUCUGUAAAUGAAGAAUUACUUUCUCUUUCUGAGUCUGCUUUAACUCCUGGGGCUGAAAAUAGCUCCAAACCAAGCUUGAGUCCUACAGUGGUGCUAAAUAAUAGUUACUUGAAACUGUUAAAGUGGGAUUAUCAGAAAAAAGACUUACCAGAGACACUUGUGACAGAUGGAGCACGACUUCAGGAACUGACAGAAAAGCUGAAUCAAUUGAAAAUUAUUGCCUGCCUGUCCCUAAUUACCAAGAAUAUGGUGGGGGCUGUUACAGAAGGCUUCCCUGAGCUUACAAACAGGUUAAAAAGGAUUUCAGCUGUUCUACUUGAAGGCAUGAACAAACAGACAUUUAACUUGAAGGAAGCCCUGAAUUCCAUCGGUGUUCAGACUUGUGUUGAGGUUAACAAGACCCUGACAGAGAGAGGUUUACCCACUUUAAACGCUGAGGUUCAAGCUAAUCUCAUAGGUCAAUUUUCAAGCAUUCAAGAGGAGGACAAUUCUAUCUGGUCCUUGAUUGAUAAACGAAUCCAACUAUACAUGAAAAGCCUACUUUGUCUUCCAAGCUCUCAAAAAUGCAUGCCUCCUGUGCCAGGAGGCCUUACUAUCAUUCAGCAGGAGCUAGAAGCAUUAGGCUGUCAAUAUGCAAACAUCGUGAAUCUCAACAAACAAGUGUAUGGACCAUUUUAUGCAAAUAUACUUCGGAAGCUGCUCUUUAUUGAGGAAGCUGUGGGGAAGGUAAAUGCUUCAUCUCCAACCAACUGAAGACAUCUGACAAUGGAGACGAGAUGGGAAAUCCAGCACUUUGGUACCCAGUCCAUAACCAUCAGUGGCAUUAUAGAUAUGGCACAUUCUUAGUACUGUCUGUGGUGCAGUGUUACCAAGCAUAUGUAAUCUGGUAAUGUCAUCGUUACGAAGACACACAUAUCACAUAAACCUUACCUUUGCAUCACCUUCAAGUUUAAAACAGACAUUUGUAAUGAACAAAAAGCAAUUUGUAAUUAAUUAUAUUACCUAUAUAAUACUUGUUUUCCUAAGCGUUUUUAUAUGACUUAUUCAUUCAGCUGAUAGGAGUUGUUUUUCUCAUUUGUCACUAUCAAAUCUAAUGAUUUUUAAUUUUGGUACAACUUUUUAAAGGGUUUGAAAGUUGUGAGAGUAUUCAUGGCAACUGAUGUUCUGAAUAAAUGAAGUGAAGUAACGCAUAAUUGUAUAUGAAGUGUAUAAUUUCAUUUUUAUUAAAAUGUAUAAUAGAAACUUAAUAGUAAGUCCUCACAUUCACCAAAUGUACCAAACCAUAUUUUGUGAUACCAAUUGUCAGUAUUUAUUUAGAAGUUAAAUUUAUUAAAUGCAUUUUAAUGCUAUGUAUAAACUUUUAGAUAAAAAUCAUUCUUAUUUAGUGAAAAUAGAAACAAAUCCUUUCCUUAAAAAAUUUUAUUUUAGAGGUUGAUGUCUUCUUAAAAAUUAACCUUCUCUCUGAGAGAAACAGUUUUAGCACAAAUCUCUUAGUGAAUUUCCUUAAAUUUCUCAGGCCAUAGACAGGUUUAUAUAAGAUUUUAAUAUUUUUAUGUAAAUCAGGGAUGAUUUGAAUUGGUUUCCUUAUAAGAAGAAGGAAAAUUAAUAAUAAUAAAAUGAGAUCCCAUUCUCCAUGAAGUUCUGAAAAAGAAACAGGUGAACUUUGAAUUUCUUCACCAUUAUAACUUAACUGGCAAAUGCCUUUUGUGCUGAAUAAAUCCUUACCUUCUUAUAACCAUGGUGCUCUUUUAAGUAGCAUUAUUAUUUGCCAUUUUGGAGCACUAAUCAGAACUUAUACAGAUGGACUCUGGUUGUCGCUGGGAUUUUAGAAAAGUUGGCUUAUGCUGGAAUUACAUACUCCCUUUAGUGUGUUGAAGUAAGUACUCAGUCUAUAAAGUGCUUUAAUUGCUAAAAUACAUUUUGGAUUUUUUGUUUGUUUUCCAGGGACCCGUAAAAUUAGUAAUUUGGUGAGAAGAGGAAGUAAAAUGAAUAUUCCUCUCUCCCAGCCUCCUUUUACUUGCCACAUUCUCCACCAUUAUGGUGUUAUUUUCAUUAUUUUAUGAAGUUCUAGGAAAUGAUUGUGUGAAUAAAUUAUCUCCAAUCUUUGAAUUUUGAAGAAUCUGCCAAAAUUUUAUGAAAUUCUGAAUAUCAUUUUUUCCCCCACAAUGCCCCAUACACAAGUCAGACAUUCUGUGUGUUAAAGCAGCUGUGCACAAGUGGACUUUACUGAAGAGCACAUCAUGGACUUGCCCAUUUUAUUCUCCCUCACUCCCCUCUACCAUGUUUCCCUGUGCUUAGAAACCAUAAGGUGCUGGAGACUUCAGUUUUCAUUUUCUCUGAAGCUGAAGUAGUUUUCAACUAGGCUUAUUUUGGGGCAUGGGUGGCUGGGUGGGUCUACCAGUAGAAAUGUAAUGCAUACAUAGUGUGAUGUUUUGUUGUUGUCUCUUUCUGAGGUGAACUGUAUGCUUAACAGUGGUGUAUAUUUUUAUUGUCAGAUUGGAAUACAGCUGAUAAUUCAUUUAUAUACUUGAUUAUACUGCAGUUGUCUGCAGGAAAACAAUGUGCAAACAUUUUUAAAAAUGUAUAUAAAAUGAAGGGCAUUCUGAUUUUUUUUCUUUUUUUUUUUUAACAUGGCAAAGUAAAUCUCAGUAUCUCGUGUCUGGAUUUAGGCAACUACCUUUAUUUUAAAAUCAUAUCCCUUAGCAUAUUGUUUACUUAGUUUUACUUAAAUGUUUACUUCUACUUUUGAGAUUUUUCUGACAUCAUCUUAUUUUGUAGUGUAAAUUUUAUUAAACACCAAUACGCACAUUUUCAUUCUUGCUAAAACGUAUACUGUGUGUACUCACUAAAUUUGAAAAUAUUAAAAAUUAUUUCAAAAUA